GCGGAAGAGACGUGGCACAUAAACAGAGUUGAGGAAGAGGCAUCGGCUAACUGCGGUGAACCUCUGCUGAUGACUGUCACAGACAGUCAGUGGACCCACCUUUCCUGAGAUUUGCACACGGAAGCGUAAAUGACAGCAGCCGAAACACUUGAACAAAACAGGGCCUGAACGAAGUCUGUGUGACAGAUAGAACAGGUGGCCAUGGGUCUGUGCAAGUGCCCGAAGAGAAAAGUGACCAAUUUAUUCUGCUUUGAACAUCGUGUAAAUGUUUGCGAGCAUUGCCUCGUCUCCAAUCACAACAAGUGUAUAGUGCAGUCAUAUUUGCAGUGGCUUCAGGACAGCGAUUACAACCCUAACUGUGCUUUGUGCAAGACCCCGCUGUCUUCGCAAGACACUGUCAGACUGAUUUGCUACGAUGUGUUUCACUGGUCUUGUCUCAAUAAUUUUGCAACUCAGCAGCCGCGCCAUACGGCUCCAGCGGGAUACCAGUGUCCUACCUGUCAGGGUCCAGUGUUCCCCCCCUCUAAUUUGGCCAGCCCGAUCGCAGACGUGCUGAAAGAACAGCUGUCAUCCGUUAAUUGGGCUAGGGCUGGGUUGGGACUGCCACUGUUUGAAGAGCCCAUUGAGGUCCGGGAGGGGAACACCAAUCACGAUAUCACAGAUUACACAGACUGGUCCACGUUCGAUGCACAAGAACAAAGUAACGUAUACCCCAGUCAGUCGUACAACGCCAGCUUCAGUGCACAGACGACCUCCGUGGCACCAUCAGCACAGGAAGACCUUGGAGGUCCUCGUAAAAACGGGGACGCGCACAAGCAGGAACACGUUGCGAUAAAUUUCACUACUGCCACUACGUCUGACACCAUCACAAUACACACAGCCUCAUCUCCAAGAAAGCUCUACGACACACGGGACGUCGCUCACAGCUCUGUCACACAGAUCGACUUCGACGAUGACAAGUACCGGCGAAGGCCAACUUUGAGCUGGUUUGCUCGAAUUCUCAAGAAUCGCAGCGGUGGAAAGCGUACCUCUUUGUCUUGGAAACAGCGAGUUUUUUUGCUACUUCUGCUUGGAUUUCUUGUUUUUUUUACAUUAAUAAUUAUCAUGGCUAAACUUGGACGGGCCUCGGCUGCUUCAGACCCAAAUCUCAACCCCAUGUUAAACCCUAACAUUCGUGUCGGGACCAACUGAGGACGAGUAUUGACGUUGCCUUCUUCUGUGUUAAUGUUGGACUUUUCUAAUAUGUGUUUAGACCGAUUAAGAAAGGGAAAAACUGAAUUUACACAACAUUAUAAUAAAAUAGGCUUUGCCUCCCCUCAAAAAGGAGGGAGUCCCUGGAUCUGUUAAAUUAUACUAGACAAUAAAAUCCGUCUAGUAUCCACAAAUAUGAAUUCGAUAUUCAAUAUUCAGGAGUUCUUUUUUUUUUCUCUGAAAGUACCCUGAAACUGUGAAGAUAAACUAAAAUGUAUAAAAUAAAUACAAUUUACUGGG